AUGACGGUGAAGGUCUACCUCCCGUUCGCGGUGGUGGGCACGCUGAACGGCGUCCACCUUUUCUCUCGAUUGCGAGGUGCCACCCUGCACAGCACGGUCACCAGGGGUGCCAAGGUGGUGUGGAGGACAUACCACGACAGUGUGGUGUUACUGGUGGUAACGUGCGACGACGGCGCGAGCGACGACCACCUCGGCUUCCUCUUGGACAACGUGUUUGGCGCCAUGGUGAUGUCCGUGGGGUUGGACGCAGUGCAGGCGAUACGCAACGUCGACAGGCUCAAGCGGGACCUCAGGGGCUGCUACCCCUUGGUGGACCACUUGCUGAGCCAGCUGGACCAGGACUCCUGCACGCUCGGGGACCUGACCGGGGUCGCCGACUUCCUGCUCUGUCCGGAAAGCCAGGCACUCCAGCCGUACCUGGAGUCGUUUGUGGAGGAAGUGGACAGCCUGUACGGCUGCCUGCUGGUGAGGGGCAAGGUGGCCGUGGCCACCAAGCACUGGCUCAGGCUCAGCCCCCAGGAGACCGUCCUGCUGGCAAUGGCCGCCCACGCAGGAACCAAGUGCAUUUCCAGAGACCUGCCGGUCUACCUGCCCAACAGCUGCCCGUCGGUUUGCAACAGGCUGGUCACUCUGCAGCUCACACAAGGCGUAGAACUCUGCCUCCUCUGCGGUCCAGCACCGUCCUUAGCGGUACUCGAAGAGGAAGUGUGCCGGUUUUGGAACGAUGCCUUUGACUUGCUCAAGUCUGCCUCCAGCUUACACCCCCGCAACUUUCCUCUCUCUUCGUCUUCGGACAAGAAAGUGGUGGCCUUUCCUCCCCUCGACAAGAACAUCCUCGGGUUCUUGCUGAUCAACACCAAGAGGCACAAGAGCCUGACGAGCGUUCACCCGCUGGAGGACGAAAUAGCGAGGACAAAAGAGGGCAAGUGCAUCAGCCUCCGGAGGCGUCAGGAGAUGCUCAGGGUGCUGUACAAGAGCGUCGUGGGACGCCAUUUUCCCGCCUCUCCGCACCAGGAACAGCCUGCCGUUUCGGGUGGCGCGGACCAUUCUGCGACGGAAGUCUACACGUGUGCCGAAACGCACAAGAGCUACGCCAUCCGGACAGCCGACCACCAACUCUACCUCCUCUUUUCGCCGAGCAUACCAACAUUUGCCAUGAGGUCGGUCAGCCACAAAACUCUCAAGGUCUUGACGACAAACAAAAUGUGCGUCCUCUGAUGGAGCCAGCCAAGCGGCCAGGGUCCUCGAGAGCCAAUCUAGUCUGUGAUAUUUAUGGCUGCGUCCUGCGGCGAUGCACACUUUGAAUGUGUCUACUUACCUCAUAUAAGAGCUUAGUUAAUAUAUUGCCAUCUGUUUUGGAAGACAUCCCCCAUCCAUAUGUUUCUGUACCUUAAAAAAAAAAUAUUAUUAACGGUGCCCAGAUUAGUUUUGUUGGAAGCGAUCUCUAUCCAGGGUUGUGUGCUAAAAAGCCACUUAUUUUACGCAAAGAUAUUUUCGCGCAAGACACGCGUUAGAGCACACGCACAUGCUACAUUAUCUUCACAUAGUAUUUGUUUGUUUCAACGAGAGUUGUGCGAAUAGUGACUUUUCAGUUCAAAGCGAAUAGUUCUUUCGUACGAUUAAUCUCGAAUCGAAUCGAGUAAUUUCAAAGCGAAGCGAAUGGUUUGCGGCCGUCAAUACAGUCAUGGUAGAGAACCUUGGAGACUAGGGAACAAAAAGAAAAAAGGACAAACACGACAGGGUCUGGAGGGUUCUCUACCACGAUCACCAGCUUACCCUCACCAGUAACUGUUAUAUCAAUACAGUCACAUCUCAUUAUUAUGGACGCUUCCGUUUCCCGGAGAAAUCGUCCAUAAUGUAAAUCAUUCAUUUUAUUUUUAGUCUGAAUUAAGGCUAUGCUUUGGAGCAUUUGAAAUUUCGAAAUCCUUGGAAAAUAUUCGAAGUUGCCGAAUAGCCCCAUUCGAUUAGACUUUCGGAUUGAACAUGGCAUUAUUGCUUCAAUAUUAUAAAGUUCCGAAUAUUCGCACAACCCUAGUUUCAACCGAAAUCACAGGCCUUGGAUGAAUGAUAAGAAUCUGUUGUUUGAUGUGUCAUGUUGUAAUUUAUGCCAUACCUAUGUUCACAGACAGUAUGAGACUCCUCCCUGCCGUUCUAAUCCCGUCAUUUACCAUAGAUGUAGUUGGGUUGCUGUACUGUAUAUGCCAAAAUAUCUGAAGAUUAGCUUACGUUUUUUUUAAACAAUCUGUUGCAAGAACGUGUGGACGAUGUUGGUAGAUUGAGGUACUUCAGCUGAUGAGUCAAAGAGCUUUCAUCAACCAAAUGAGUAUUUUAUUUCUUAAUUUCUACUGGCUCUUUAACUUGAUCUAGCAGUCUUUCGGAGCAAAGGUUUUCACCCCAUUGAAGACAGCUUCUGCUGCAUUAAGCAGUUGUCUCCUCUUAAAACAAAUGUCACCAAAAAACUCUCAAAUCAAUGGUACUCAAAGUUUUGCCA